AUGAUGCGCAAAACUUUGCUGGACCGCGGCUUCUCUACACUCACAUUUGGAGCUCCGCCACCAGCACCGAGCCGCCGUGUCGUUGUAACUGGUUUAGGAGCUGUCACUCCAUUUGGCUUAGGCGUCUCGCGCUCCUGGGAAGCACUGCUGGAGUCGCGAUGCGCUAUUCGACAAGUGCGCGCCCUCGCAGACACAGGACUCAAAUGCACAAUUGGUGCAACUGUGCCACGGGGCGAUGGAGAAGGAGAAUUUCGCACGAAAGAUUGGGUGAACCUUAAUAACUUUCGAGCACAGGAGCCAGACUUUAUCGCGUUUGCAUUAGCAGCAGCUGAUGAAGCUAUAAAAGACUCGGGAUGGAGUCCGCAAUCGGACGAAGAGCGUGAACGAGCUGGCGUGGCUAUAGGUGCUGGAGUUGGAAACAUUCAGGAGAUUGUGGAUGUUGGACAGCUCAUCAAAGACAAGAAAUAUCGUCGAGUAUCUCCCUUCUUCAUAACGCGAAUUCUCAUUAAUCUCGCAGCUGGCCAUGUGAGCAUUGAACACGGCUUGAAGGGCCCCAACCAUGCUUGUGUGACGGCAUGUGCUACGGGCGUCCACAGCAUAGGAGAUGCCGCAAAUCUGAUUCGACAUGGCAACGCUGAUGUGAUGGUUGCUGGUGGCACCGAAGCUUCUAUCAAUGAGAUUGCUAUCUGCGCAUUCUUGCGCGCGCAGGCUCUAUCGACAAAAUUUAACGAUCGCCCACAAGAAGCAUCGAGACCGUUUGACUCAGAGCGUGACGGAUUUGUUAUGGGUGAAGGUGCUGGCGUUGUUGUACUCGAGGAGUACCAACACGCAAAGAAGCGUGGCGCUAGGAUUUACGCAGAAGUGCGGGGCUAUGGGUUAAGUGGUGACAGCAAUCACAUAACGGCUCCAAUUGAAGGUGGGCAAGGUGCUCGACGAGCCAUGGAGUCAGCAAUCGCGCAGUCGGGGCUCGCUCUUUCUGAUAUUGGUUAUAUCAACGCACAUGCAACAUCAACUCCAUCGGGUGAUCUUGCAGAAAAUGCCGCUGUCAAAGAACUUUUUGGCUUGCACACCAAUAACCUGGGAAUAUCUUCUAUAAAGGGGGCAAUCGGUCAUUUGCUAGGUGCUGCCGGUGCUGUAGAGGCAAUUUUUUCAAUCAAAGCUCUUCAUCAUAACGUGAUGCCUCCAACAAUCAAUUUAUCGAAGGUGACGGAAGAAUUCACAUUAAAUUACGUGCCAAAUCAGCCGCAAGAGAAAAAGCUGCGCGCAGUCCUUACAAACUCGUUUGGUUUCGGAGGAAUAAAUGCCAGUCUCUUAUUUGCCAAGUAG